GAUACACAUCAAUAAUGUGUCAUUAAUGAAAAUAAUUAUAAACAAAAAACAUGAGAUUGAUACUUUUUAUUGGACUUGUUGUGUCCUGUACAUGUCAUGGAAUAUACAAACACAGACAAGUUCGUGCCGUAAUAAAUGGCGACAAUAGUGUUGUGGAUAGUUACUUGGAAAAAUUCGGUUACAUGGCACCUGCUAAAUCAUUAAAACUACAUUCAACCUCUGAGAGGACAGAAUCUCUAAAAGCCUUCCAGACGUUUAACAAACUCCCAGUAACAGGACAGUUAGACGAAGCUACAAUGGAAAAAAUGAACCAGCCGAGAUGUGGUCUUCCAGAUAUGAAGGUCGGGACAGACGGUUUACCCAAACCAUUUGUAACCGGUCCAAAGUGGAGAAAAAAGAACUUAUCCUGGAGAAUUACUAAGUAUACUAGCGAUUUGACAAAUUCAGUAGCAAGGUCUGAAAUAGAGAGAUCGAUGCUAGCUUGGUCUGAUGUGGCAGAUUUGACCUUCACAGAGGUCACAUCUGGACAGGAUCUUAAUAUUAGAUUUGAAACUGGAAGUCACGGUGAUGGUGGCGCUUUUGACGGUAGAGGUGGAGUUCUUGCUCAUGCAUUUUUCCCUCAGGACGGCAGAGUCCAUUUUGACGAUGGUGAAACAUGGGUUGUAAACAGAACCGGUAUUGACCUAUUUAUCGUUAGUGCACAUGAAUUCGGACAUGCUCUUGGACUUGAUCAUUCUGACAAUAACGAUGCUUUAAUGGCACCAUUUUACACCGGGUAUAUAGCAGACUACAAACUCCGACCUGAUGAUAUAGCUGGAAUAAGAUCUUUAUAUGGUGCGCAACAGACGCCUGCAACAACUAAAGCACCAACUCAACCACCAACUCAACCACCAACUCAACCACCAACUCAGCCACCAACCCAACCACCAACUCAACCACCAACGCAACCACCAACUCAACCACCAACUCAGCCACCAACUCAGCCACCAACUCAGCCACCAACCCAGCCACCAACUCAGCCACCAACCCAACCACCAACUCAACCACCAACUCAACCACCAACUCAACCACCAACUCAGCCACCAACCCAACCACCAACUCAACCACCAACUCAACCACCAACGCAACCACCAACUCAACCACCAACUCAGCCACCAACUCAGCCACCAACUCAGCCACCAACUCAGCCACCAACCCAACCACCAACUCAACCACCAACUCAGCCACCAACUCAACAGCCAAACCAACCACCAACUCAGCCACCAACUCAGCCACCAACCCAACCACCAACUCAACCACCAACCCAGCAACCAAGUCAACCAACUCCACGACCAACUCAACCUCCUACCCAGCAACCAAGUCAACCAACACCUGCACCAACGCCAGCAGUGGAUACUAGACCUAGACUGUGUAAACUUCGAUAUGAUUCCACAGUCAGAGACGCAGAUGGCAACUAUUUAUUCUUUUUGUUACGUCGUUUUGUAUUGGUAUUGGACGAGGAAGAUGGAUUGAAGCGCAGCACAUUAACAUCGUUAAUGUUUAGAGGAGCUCCACGACGACAUAGUUGUGUAUUUAGGAUAUCACAGACUGAUCAAACAUACUUUUUACGAGGACGAAGAGUGUAUGAAUUUAACUCUGAGGGAAGACGUACAAGGAUGUUUUGGAUCAGGGGAGGACGAGGAAGUAUGCCAGAGAGACCACGUGCUGCAUUCGCUAUGAACGAGAAUCAAGUUUAUAUCCUUGGAACAACUAAAGUGUGGCAAAUAGAUUUAUCAACAAGACGUGUGAUUGCUGAUUCAGAGAAGUUGAUUACAGAAGAGUUUCCAGGAUUAACAGAAAGAUGUGAUUCAGCUAUGCUUUACGAUGAUGCUACAGUUUAUUUCUUCCGAGAAAAUAUGUACUAUACUUUUGACAUGCAACAAAAAACUCUUACUGGACCAAACGACGCCGCUUCAAAAUUCAUUAAGGACCAAUGUACAUUGUAGACGAUGUAUAACACGAGGAGAGUGACAAUUACACAAUUACAUGACUGUUUUAUGACCUGUUCUUACUAAAAACUACAAGUACUGAAAAUCAAUCAUUGUAAUUCUUCAUAUCAUAUGCAA